AUGAACAGCAACUUGCCUAACUUACCUCGCGGUAAUGCUUCGCAAGGACGUCGUGGUCCUCCCCGUAUGAAAUUGUCGGAUAUGGGCGGUGCGCCCGUUCAGCAAGAAACACCCUUUGCUAACUUUUCUCGCUUUGUCGAUCCUUCCGGAAAACUCAAUUUCAACGGGAAAGCAAUUCUGCAUGCCGACGGUGUCGACUUUAGCAAUGGAAACAGCUUCAAGAUCAAUAUGGAGGAACUGAAGCUGCUCGAGGAGCUAGGUAAAGGGCAAUACGGGACUGUCCAAAAGGUGUACCAUAAACCGACCAAUGUCAUUAUGGCUAUGAAGGAAAUUCGACUGGAACUGGAUGAGAGCAAACUGAAUUCGAUCCUCAUGGAAUUAGAUGUCUUACACAAGUCCCAGAGCCCCUAUAUUGUCGAGUUUUAUGGCGCAUUCUUUAUCGAAACUUGUGUAUACUACUGCAUGGAAUUCAUGGAUGCCGGAUCGCUGGACAAACUCUACCAGAUCGGUGUUCCUGAAGAUAUUCUCUCAAUUAUCACUCUUUCGAUGGUCAAGGGGCUCAAGUUCCUCAAGGAUGAGUUGUCUAUUAUCCAUCGAGAUGUCAAGCCGACUAAUGUCUUGGUGAAUUCUCAAGGACAAGUGAAGCUCUGUGAUUUUGGUGUCUCUGGACACCUGAUCAAGUCUAUGGCCAAGACCCAUAUUGGAUGCCAAAGCUACAUGGCACCUGAACGUAUCUCACAGGGUCAAACCUACACUGUCCAAUCCGAUGUGUGGUCUCUUGGCCUUUCCAUUCUGGAAACCGCAGAAGGAUCAUACCCAUACCCCCCUGAAAAGUAUAAUAGCGUUUUUGCACAGUUAAAUGCCAUUGUCGGAAGCCCUCCUCCCGCUCUCCCUGAUACUUAUUCUGAAGAAGCACGUGCAUUUGUCGCACUAUGCUUACUCAAGGAUGCAAAGCAGCGUCCUACAUAUGGUGAACUGCUGGAUCAUCCUUUCCUAACUAAGUAUGAGGAAGAUAAAGUUGACAUGAAGGACUGGGCUUGUAGAGCAAUGGAAGCCCGUGCUGCGCGUGAGGAGGAGGCACGCAAUAAGCGGGAUGAGGAAGAAGUAAAGAAGGCUGCUCCUGCAUAG